GGGUAGAGUCAGAACAUACAGAGCAGGAGGGGCCUUGGCCCUACUUGGGGGUACCCAGAUGAACAAGCCAUUCCAUCCACUCCUAGAGGAACCUGAGGCCCAGACUCAGUCUUGCUGGCUGGCCCUCUUGUUUGCAGCCAGGUCUGACUCUCUCCUCCGUGUGUGAGCUUGCCACACUUUUAAACUUUGCAUCCUCAAGAGAAGACCAGGCCACCAGCAGCUGCUUGGGCACCCCAGAGACACCCGACACCCACUUACCGACAGCCCAUGGAGGACCCUGUGGAGAUUCAGCAGCCAGCACCCCUGGGGAGCCAGUACCUGCCCUGGGCAGUUCUUUUUCUUCUCUACUCUCUGAUGGCAAUUGUGUCUUACCUCCUGGACAUGACCAGCUACAACCUAUUGGCCCAAGCUGGAAGAUCCCACCUUCCUGCCCCUCUGUCUACAGCCUGGUUUGGCCACCAACUCAUAGCUGACAUCAUAUUCCUGGGGCUCCUCCCACUCAGCCUCACCUGGACUCACACCUGCUGGCCCCUGGGCCUCACCUUCUGCCACCUGGACCCAUGUCUGGCCUUCUUGACCUUCUGUGCCAGUGGCAGGCUGCUGACUCAUGUGGCCGCUGACUGUUGUACCUCCUUGCUCAAACCAUCCUGGGCACUUGGUCAUCGUAUAGUUCGUCAAGUAGUUGUCUGGGCCGGUGGGUUCUGGAUCCUUCUGCUGGGCCUGGCUGGGAGAGCCCUGGGAACAUUAAGGGACCAAACUGGCCACAAUGACCCUUUCAAUUGGACAAUGACCCUGGAACCCUCCAGGCAUGACCAGGACCCCCGGGCCUGGAACCCCAUGCUGGAUCAGUUAGUAUUUGGGUUUGGGGUGCCACUGGGGGUACUGAGAGUCUUCCACAGCCUCGUGUGGGAGCAGCUGCAGCUGGCCAGGGUCUCAGGAAGGCCUCUGCUGCUCGGCCUGCCAGGGGCCACUACAGCCAUGCUGUUCAUCUGUUGGUUUCCCUUCCACCUUCUGCUGCUGUUGAGGUUCCUAGGUAUGUGGGGGUCCAGACUGCAGUUGGGGGAUGUCUGGGUAUUGCUGAGACCACUGGGGCUCACUCUGCUGGGAUCAGCUAGCUUCUUCAAUCCACGGCUGUAUGUGUGUGGGGAUGCAGAAAUCCAGAGAAGGCUGGGACGGGCCUUGUGGUUCCCUGGAAGGGAAGGAGACAAGGAGGCAGAGGAACCCCAGGCACUGGGGAUGGGGGCUGAGAGGCCCUGCAGCAGCCUGAGGGAGCAGGGCACAGUGUUGGGUGUGGGGUUUCUAUCUUCUGAAAAUGUGGGGUGGGCUGAAAUGGAGGCACAGGUGAUGGGAAGUGAGGUGGAGAAGGAGAGAGAGGUUUAGAAAAGAGAGACAGAGAUACAGGGAGGAGAGAGAGGUGGGGAGAGAGGGGGUAUAUAGAGCAUCCAGAUAGAGCAUCUGGUCCCCCAGGUUUGGAGUCACACAGAAUGUGGCAGACAGAGGUCCUGACAGGGAACAGGGGGUGACAGACAGUGGGAUUACAAGGUAGAGACAGAAACCAGGAGGUUCCAUUGGGUAUGUAAAUAGAACUGGAGUGAUGAGAGAAUAGGGAGAGAGGGGCAGGUAGACUGGGAGAUGACAGACCAGGUGACAGGGAGCUGGCUGCCUUGGUCUGGUGAUGAGCAAGAGUACAGAGUCCCAGUCACCAGCCACCCUGCUGGCCCAGGGCUGAGCAGUUCCUGAAGCCUGAUGCUGGGACGGUCAGUCCCAGGCAGUAUUCAUAAACCUGGAUGCUUGCCCCACUAGAGAGACCUGCCAGCUUUGGGUCUCUCGGGGACUGCUCUCUGGCUCAGUGUCAACUAUCUUCUGGGUAUUUUGAAAUCCCCAAGUGCCUUCUAAUUGUACCUCCCCUUUGGGGAUGGAACCCAAGGCUUUGAGCCUAUCAGGGGAGAGUUUGAGCCACACCCCAGCCUCUCAAAUGUGCUCUCCUCUUAUGCCACCUCUUAAUUCCAAAGGUGAACUCCACCUGUCUCUGAGUGGUUACUCCCUCUUACCCCACCCCCCUUUUUUAGACAAGGGCUCAUUCUGUAGCCCAGGCUGCCCUCAAACACAUGGCGAUCCUUCUGCCUCAGGGCCCCAUCCAGUGGGAUGACCAGCCUGUACCACUCCCAUCACACACAUGGACAAAUCCUAAGAAACUGUAAGCAAGCCCCCAAUUAAAUACUCCAUUUCACGAGAUGCCUUGGUCGUGGUGUCUUGUAGCAAUGGAAUAGUAACUUAGGUGUCUUUGUUUUGUUUGCCACUGUGUAUAGCAGAGCAGCUGUCCUUUGCCGUUCCAAAGGGUCUCCUGUGUGCGCCUUCCAUCUUGGCGUAGAGGUGCUAGGAUCAUAGCCUCAUGCUUCUGAUCCUGGCUUCCUGUGGGUUUUGGAAUGUCAGAUCCAGGCCCUCAUUUUACCCAGCAAGUACUUUUAACUCCUGAGCCACAUCCUCAUGGCCCAAAAUAAUUUUUUUGAGAUUUAUUUACUUAAAAGUUGUUUUCUGCAUAUGGGUGUUUUCCCUGCAUGUAUGUCUGUGCACCACACGCGUGCAGUGCCCACUGAGGCACUGGAUUCCCCUGAAACAGAAGGGUUGCAGUGCCCACUGAGGCACUGGAUCCCCUGAAACAGAAGGGUUGCAAGUGCCCACUGAGGCACUGGAUUCCCUGAAACAGAAGGGUUGCAGUGCCCACUGAGGCACUGGAUCCCCCUGAAACAGAAGGGUUGCAGUGCCCACUGAGGCACUGGAUUCCCUGAAACAGAAGGGUUGCAGUGCCCACUGAGGCACUGGAUCCCCUGAAACAGAAGGGUUGCAAGCUGGGGUGUGUUUGCUAGGCAUCCAGCCCAGGCCCUUUGCUCUUAACCACUAGCCAUCUUUCCAGCCCUAAAAUUGUUUCUUAAUUCUAACUCUGCCUCACACUGGCUUGGUGCUGAAGAAUCCUUGCCGCUUUUGCAGAGGACCUGAAUUUCAAGUUUCUGAGCAUCCAUGGCUGGCAGUUUGCAGCUCCAGGGAAUCUGAAACCCUCUUCUGGGUUCCAUGAACACCUCUCCACACGCAUACAUGUACAUUCACACAUUUACACACACACACAUACAC